AUGAAGUUCUCUUAUGUCCUUGUCGCACUCUCAGCCCUCACAUUCUCUACUGCCUUACCCGUUAUCCGACCUGGCUCCAUCAAUGGCUUGGUCGUUCGAGAGGGAAACUCUACUUUGUCAUUAUCCGGCAAUUCCACAGCCUCUACGGCAUCCUCAACAUCUUCCGCUAGCGCAAAGCCAACCACAGCAAUCGAUCUAGAAGAUAUAAACGAGAAUGUCGCCUCAUCUAAAGCAACAUCCGGCAGCAAAAAGGUCACAGCAGCACAAGUCAAGUUAGCUGUCUCUGGAUUCGCUAGCGAUGCCAAUACCGUCUCAGCAGCCUUGAACAAACUUCCGAGCAUGACGGAUAAAUCGGAUAUUUCAGCACUAGCCGGAAAAGCAUUUGCUGCCGAAUCAGAUGAGGAUUCUCAAAGAUCAGUCCUCUUUGCCGCAGCAGGUAGUGCAGGUUCUUCAGCAAACAGCAAAAUUGUCAAGAACACUCCUGCGGUUCUCAAGGGCUUGAAAGCUAUGAUGACAAACCCCUCAACGGCUUCGGUCAAAUCUAAUGUGGCUACCAUUGAAAGUGCUCGAAACCCAAAUAUCCUCCCCAGCAUCACACAACUCUCAAACGCAGCAUUGAGCGCAAUGAGUCUCUCUCAGACGGCGCAAAAGUUCCCCGCUACCGGAAACAAUUAGGCUGGUCCUAGGUAGCUUUCCGUAUAUAUCUAUCCAUCGAGCAGGUAUCGGAUUGUUUAAAGUUUAAUUCGCUUCUCUUGUUAGCAUAGGGUGGUGCUUUUAUAGGAUAAUUUAAGCAUUUAUCUUGUCCUGUGUCUGGUUUCGUUUCAUUUCGUUUCUUGUGUGCAUAUAUAUCCUCGGGUUCGGUUUU